AUGGCGCAACAGCUGCCGGAAAAGUCGCGGAAUUUUUUCUACAACAACAUAAAGGCAGGCGCCGAGAGUGGCUGGGACUUCUCGUACAGGUGGUGCAUUACCAACAACAAAAGCGGGAUGCCCAACUUGCUGAACAUCUCGACGCAGUACAUUAUACCUGUCGAUCUCAACGCGAUUCUGCAACAAAACGCCCGUCUCCUCAGCGAGUUCCACACGCUGCUCGGAAACAAAGCUAAGUCGCAGUAUUACCUGAAGAUAGCGUCGCAGCUUCAAACGGCCAUCGACAACGUCCUGUGGGACGAAGAAGAAGGAAUAUGGUUUGAUUACGACUUGAAGACCAAACAGCACAGGCGCAUGUUUUACCCAUCGAAUCUCGCGCCACUUUACACCAGAAGCUACAAUCACAUCCAACGCGAGCACUACGCGUUGUCCGCCGUGGCGUACCUCAAGUCGCAGAAUAUCGACGGUUUCUUC